ACACAAUCAUGAUUAGGAUUUGGUUGAUGCUGCAUCACGUGAAAAACAUCGUUCAAGCACAAAAAAGGAUUAUUUUCUGACACAAUUUUCACAUUAACUUCAUUUUCCGUGAACACAACCGCCAACACACAACCCUGUUAUCGUUGUCUUUGAUGAAAUUAUUUUUGAAGACCCAACGGACUUGGUAACUUGCUUUCAUUUAUUAGAUAAGACGUGAAUAUCAAGGAUUUUCAUAUUUUGUUUUUUUACGGGAUUCUGCUCUGAAGGGCAAUUAUGAAGAAGUUGGGAGGAAAGAGAACAUCAAGCAUAAAUCCUCCAGGAGCGGCCAUCAACGACUUCAACGAAACUUAUGACUAUGAUAAGGUGCUCGACGAUGACGGCGUUCAAUCAUCAAGCCACAUCGACACUCGACCGCUCAUUGACGAGAACAGGGGCCAACAUGAUCGUUGUCGAGGUCGACAUCAACAAUCUGGAACCGGCGACGUCUGCGAGGUUGAACUAAUCACAGAUGAUUCAGUAGGGACGAAAGUCAGGGAUAUCCAAGAACAAUUGGAUGAAGUUGUCGAAAUCAUGGUGAAAAACAUCAAAAUUAUUCUAGACAGGGAAGGGAAGAUCGAGGAUUUGGAACGCAUAUCGGAGGACAUCCGUGAACGGGCAAGCCGACGAGUUCCGUCGUGUGACAAGGAAGCUUUUAUUAAGACAAGUCAUUAG